AUGGAGGGACAGACCCCAGGAGACAGAGGCCUUUCGGAAAAGCCGGUCCCCACGGCCACCCGCCCCAGCCUGUCCUCACUGGGUGCUGUCUUCAUUCUCCUGAAGUCCGCGCUGGGCGCCGGCCUGCUCAGCUUCCCGUGGGCCUUCCACAAGGCGGGUGGGGUGGCCCCCGCUUUCCUAGCGGAGCUGGUCUCCUUGGUCUUCCUGAUCAGUGGGCUGGUCAUCCUGGGCUAUGCCGCCUCCGUCAGUGGCCAGGCCACCUACCAGGGCGUGGUCGGAGGGCUGUGUGGCCCCACCAUCAGGAAGCUGUGUGAGGCCUGCUUCAUCGUCAACCUGCUCAUGAUCUCCGUGGCCUUCCUGAGGGUGAUCGGGGACCAGCUGGAGAAGUUGUGCGACCUGCUGCUGCCCGGCGCCCCGCAGCCCUGGUACACCGACCAGCGCUUCACCCUGACGCUGCUCUCCAUGCUGGCCAUCCUGCCCCUGUCCGCCCCACGUGAGAUCGGCUUCCAGAAAUACACAAGCAUCCUAGGCACCCUGGCCGCCUGCUACCUGGCCCUGGUCAUCGUGGCACAGUACUACCUCGGGCCCCAAGACCUCGCUCGUGAGCCCCACCUGGCAUCGAGUCCUUCCUCCUGGGCCUCCGUAUUUAGUGUCUUUCCCACCAUCUGCUUCGGAUUUCAGUGUCAUGAAGCUGCCGUGUCCAUCUACUGCAGCAUGCGCCACCAGAGCCUCGGGCACUGGGCCCUCGUCUCCGUGCUGUCCUUGCUGGCCUGCUGCCUUGUCUACUCGCUGACAGGCGUGUACGGCUUCCUGACCUUUGGGACAGACGUUUCUGCUGACAUCCUGAUGUCCUACCCAGGCAACGAUGGGGUCAUCAUCGUUGCCCGGGUCCUCUUCACUGUGUCCAUCGUGACUGUCUACCCCAUCGUGCUCUUCCUGGGGAGGUCAGUGAUGCAGGAUUUCUGGAGGAGGGGCUGCUGCUGGGCGUGUGGGCCCCAGCCCCUGGCCGAGCCCUCGGGGCCGUGGGUCCGGAUGUCGCUGACCGUCCUGUGGGUCACCGUGACGCUCGCCAUGGCCCUGUUCCUGCCCGACCUCCGCGAGAUCAUCGGCGUCAUCGGUGGCGUCAGCUCCUUCUUCAUCUUCAUCUUCCCGGGUCUGUGCCUCAUUUGUGCCAUCAGUGUGGAGCCCGUCGGACCCCGAGUUAAGUGCUUCCUGGAGGCCUGGGGGGUGGUCUCCGUGCUCGUCGGCACCUUCAUCUUCGGGCAGAGCACGGUGGCGGCUGUCAUGGAGCUGCUCUGAGGGGCGGCCCGCGGCCGAGCGGGAUGGGGUCUCCACGGCUGCCCUGGUCCGGCUGCCUGCAUCCAGCCGUGAGACCGAUGUUAUCUCAUCAUAAAGAUGCUGGAGAAACGGAUACGUUCUGCCUUCCCAGGCUGCUCAUUUGGGCUUCUGCUGGUUCCCAGGGUUUCUGGUGCAGUGGGCUCACCCUACUUCAGUAUGGCUUCAUCUUAAUUACUUAAUUGGGAUCUGCAAAUAUCCUAUUUCCAAAUAAGGUCACAUUCACGGUUUCCAGAGGUUAGGGCUUAAACUGUGUCCCCCAGAAAAAUAAGUUAAACCCAUAACUGGGAGGCAGGUGCUGAGGCCCAGAGAGCCCUACUUUGGGGUGCUGAGAUCAAAGGCACGAGGCAAGGGCAUUGCUCGGUGGGUGAGAGCCCAGAGGGCAUUUGGGGCGGCCUCCGGUGGGGAUGGCAGUGCCACGGCACGGGGGAAUGCCCAAGGAGAUGCGUGCCCAGAGCUGGCCACACAGCCUGUGCUUGGCCUCGCUCCAGUGGCGGGGGGGGGGGGGACCCGAGGAGAGCCCCCGCCCCUUCCACUGGCUGGACCUGAAGAGCCUGGAGGCCAAGUGCGCUGUCUGCUCCAUGAUUCCCUCCCCCAUCCGGCGGUGAGGAACCACGCCUGGAGCUGCGGCUGAGGGGGCAGGGAUCUGCCCGCGGCCAGGGAGGAGAGGAGGACGGGGCCAGGGGCUCCCGCGUCGCCGCCCCCGGCACUGACCCUGCCCAGGGCCCGGCAACCCCCGGGUGGAUGUUGCUGGAUCCAGGCCGCUCUUCCUCUGCCCUGGGACGUCUGCCAGGAGCCAGCAGUGCCAGAGCCUGCGUGGGCUGACGUCCUUCAGACACCUCCCUCCAGGGAUUUGCCCGUUCUGGACUUUCCACAUGAAUACAUGGCCUUUUGUGUCUGGUUCCUUUGACUUAGCGUGAUGUUUUCAAACUCGCCCAUUUUCCAGGUGGAGGGGAUUCUCAUAGGACUGAGCCUCAGAUUGGCCAUGAUCACGCAAGGACGUGAUGCACAGAAAUGCAGGCUGGGAUGCCGCCCUCUGAUGUCUGAGCUCGUGAGGCAGGACGGCGGCCACAUGCCUCCCGUGGAAGGCUUGGGUUUUGAACGGGACACGGCAAGGGACACAGAUGCUGAACAUCUGUUUGAGCAGCAGUUUUGCAACAGGAGCAACCCUGCAGGAGCCAGAUUCAGGGCCCAGCAGAUCACGUUCCGGGGGUCAAGCUCCAGCCUGAGAAACGCCACCUCCAAGUGGAUUGAGGCCCAGCCGUCUGAGCAGUGGAUGCCGCUGGAACCCCGACUCUUCACCCUCCCCGCCAAGGAGCCUCUGGGACAAGGGGGCCUGGAAAGGGGGCCGGGGCAGGUCCCCGCCCCCCGUCCCACCACCUAACCCCCGGCCGAGGGCUGACACC